GUCCUUCCCAGGCGGCGGUGAGCUAAGAGUGAGUCACUUUGCCAGCGUCGUGGCCGCCGCGACUCUUUUUUUUUUUUUUUUUUUUUUUGCGGUGAUCAAACUUUUGAUUGGAAAAUCGUCAAGGACGUCAAGGCUUGACAUGGCCUGACUCUCGCCGGACUUUCUUCUGGUUUCGUGUGUUUGUGAGAAGUAAACGCCGCCCCCGUCCGUGUUCACCUUUCGCGGCCUAAACUCGGGUUAAGCACCCAGGAAGACAUUUGUAGUUAAUUAUCUGCCUCGUUGUUGUCCCAGGUGGCGCUCGGUUCCUGAUUUUCAAUCGUGGGAGUUCUUUUUUGUAUUAUUUUGACGAUGAAUCCAGUUGUGCUGCUCGUGGUGUUUUUGGCGUGUGUCUCCAGCCAGGAGACGGGUGAUGAGUGUUUGGGUCAGUUUAAGAAAGGCCGGGAGGAUUUCGUGCUGGACGUGGACGAGUCCGUUAACGACGGGGCCACCUUUAUCUCGUCCCCCAAACUGGAGCGCUCCAGAGACUGCGUCGCGGCAUGUUGCAAGGAGCCCAAAUGCAAUGUGGCCUUCAUGCAGGGGGGUGCUGAGGAGAACUCCAUCAAGUCCUGCUUCCUCUUUGACUGCCUCUACAAGCAGAAGUACGCCUGCCGCUUCGUCAGGAAGAAAGGCUACUCCAACUACAUUCUGGACUCCGUCUACGAGAGCAACCUGGAGGAGGAUCUCCCACCAAAGGAAACAGACCGUCCACCGGUGGCUAAUGGCGGCCAGGACCGUGUGGUCCAGCCUCAGGACACUGUGACCCUGAACGGCUUGGAGAGCAAAGAUGACGAAGGGAUCGCGUCUUAUAUGUGGCAAAUGCUCACUGAGUAUCCUUACGCCAUCAUUGAGAAAACCAAAUUUGUUGACCAGAUUAUUGUGUCCAAUUUGACGUCUGGGAUUUACAAAUUCCAGUUGACUGUCACGGACACAAUUGGUCAGUCGGACUCGACCGAGGUCACUGUUCUGGUUCUUACACCUGAACAGUCGGAACAUCACUGCAUGGCUCCAAAGAAGAUUGGACCAUGCCGCGGUGCUUUCCCUCGGUGGCACUACAAUGCCGCUUCAGAGAGGUGCGAGGAGUUUGUGUUUGGGGGCUGCAGGGAAAACCUGAAUAACUAUCUUUCCAAGGACGAGUGCACAAAUGCAUGCUAUGGCACAGAAAAAAGGGGUUCUGGCAGAGGUUUACCACUUCCGGAUCAGCGAGAAAAAUGUGGCGUUCCUUGCACUGCAGAGCAGUUCACCUGUGCAAACGGCUGCUGUUUGGAACCAGGCUUGGAGUGUGACUCAAAAGCUCAAUGUAGUGAUGGCUCAGAUGAACAAAAAUGCAAGGACUUGGACAAAACAUUUCAGAUUUUGCUGCAGAUUCCAGUAGAUGAGCAAAAAGUGCGGUGCACUGAGCUUCCACAGACAGGCAGCUGCAGAGACAUGUUCACAAAGUGGUACUACAACCCUCUCCAGCAGGUUUGCUAUCGCUUCAACUAUGGUGGUUGCCAGGGAAACGAAAACAGAUUUGACUCUAAGGAGGCCUGUGUGAAGGUUUGCAAAGGGGUGACAGAAAAAGAUGUGUUUGCAAGAAAACAGGAGUUUGAGCCCAGAGUGUCUGUAAGUCAUACAGGCAUCAUCGCGAUAGCUGCUGUACUGGCUAUAGCCAUCGUCAUCCUAUUGGGCAUUCUUCUGUACUGCUUCAUGAAGGGCAAGAAGAAGUCGUCACAGCACCACCGCGUGCCUGUCAACAACGCCCCACUCACCUCCAUAGAAGACAGGGAGCAUCUCGUCUACAACAGUACCACCAAGCCCAUCUGACCCCACUAUCUGUGUUGUUAAUGACAGUUGAGUCGAGAGCAUCAUUUGCAUCAUUUAUUGAAUGAACUCUGAUUGAUGGAAGAGACGACAAUGUCUUUUCACGCCACGAGUGGAAUUGUUUUUUGUGUGUGUAGUUUUUAUAGGCAAUGUGUGUACAGGACGCAGUGUCUAGGAAAAUGUGAUGUUUAAAGAUUUGAUUUUAAGUAAAGUUUGUUUUAACUGUCUGUUUGACGAACACUUCCUAUAUAGUUUAACUGGGAACUUGAGUAAUUUCAUUUGUUAAAUUAACUCCAUAUACUUAAUUUUCCCCAGGUUCAUAGUGUUCUGUUACUUAAAAUUCAAUGUUCUUCUAACGGACUACUUGAGUUUCAUUUAAAGCUCUUUUAACUGACAUCACCUGUCUGACAGGUUUUUUUUUUCUAUCUCUUUGUGACUCCCUUGAUUAAUCUGAAAAAUAAUAGUUAAUUCAGUCUUGAUUUUAGUUUUAGGUAUGUUCUUUUGUUAAGAUGUUUUUAUGACAAGCAUAAUGCGUUCAUCUAUGAUAAUUCAUAACUAAAUAAAGAUAUAAGAAAAGUUAAAUAAUGCUUGGAUCUCGACACAAAUAACAGUUUUAAGCAUUAUGAUAUGCCAAAUAAAAGAAUUACCUCUGCA